GAGCCGCACGUUCGCUCGCGCUGCUGACUUAAACUCGCAUCGCCACCUAACCACUAUCCAACUAACAAUUAACAAACCAAGUCUCCCUCCUGGUGGAUUCCUGGAAUCUUCGGGCCCAUCGAAACUGAGACAUCCUCUAUUCCUCUUUAAGUUUCUCCAUGCCCUAACUCGACCGGUGCCACUCGCAUCCCCCAUCUCGCUUGGCCAUGCCACUCUGGUUCCCUGCGAUUGGCCGCCUCUUUCGAGAGGAUUGCGUCUUCGUGCCUCUUGCUCAAACCCCCGCGAAUUCUCGGGACUCACGCACGAAUACACGCGAUGUCUGUUGAUCCUCUUGUCCCUAAUCCCAGGGAUCUCCUCUGCAACGCCGGCGCCGGCGCCGCUGCUGGGGUUAUUGCUGCGACAUUCGUCUGUCCUUUAGAUGUGAUAAAGACUAGGUUUCAGGUCCAUGGGCUGCCUCAGCUCGGCAAUGGAACUGCUAAAGGCAGUCUUAUAGUUGGUAGUUUGGAACAAAUAUUUCGCAAGGAGGGGUUGCGAGGCAUGUACCGUGGGCUCUCACCCACUGUGCUGGCGUUACUUCCUAACUGGGCAGUUUAUUUUACACUAUAUGGGCAGCUGAAAAGCUUUCUUUCAUCUGAAGAUGAGAAUCAUCAUCUUUCAAUUGGUGCAAAUAUGUUGGCUGCUUCUGUCGCUGGAGCUGCAACAACCAUUGCUAUAAAUCCUCUUUGGGUUGUGAAGACAAGAUUUCAAACCCAAGGAAUGAGAUCAGGCGUGGUACUGUAUAGGAGUACGCUGUCUGCUUUAAGGAGAAUAGCUCAUGAGGAAGGCAUUCGUGGUUUGUAUAGUGGUCUUAUCCCUGCUUUGGCCGGUAUUAGUCACGUUGCAAUACAAUUCCCUGCAUACGAGAAAAUAAAAUCAUACUUGGCCAAUCGAGCUAAUACUACGAUGGACAAACCAAGUGCACCUGAUGUUGUAGUUGCUUCAUCAGUCUCCAAAAUAUUUGCAUCCACAUUGACUUAUCCGCAUGAGGUCGUACGUGCUAGGCUUCAAGAGCAGGGCCACCACUCUGAGAAGCGGUACUCUGGUGUAACUGAUUGCAUUAAGAAAGUAUUUCAACAAGAAGGCCUCCCUGGUUUUUACCGUGGGUGUGCUACCAACCUUCUGAGGACGACCCCCGCUGCUGUAAUCACAUUCACCAGCUUUGAGAUGAUACACCGUUUUCUUGUCACUCUUUUCCCUCCUGAUCCACAGCCCCCCAGAUUCUAAAGAUGGAUCAGGCAGAGUGAAGGAUAUAGAGAAGAAACUUGCAUUACUACAGCCACUUCUCAGCAGCCAACUUUAAUUGUCUCAUUGUUGAUGCAGUUUCUGAUUUAUGUAUUGUAAUUGAUUUUGGUAGUUCUGAGCAACAUCUUAAAAAGAUGUUGCUGUUCUCGUUCCCUCUUCCCAAAUUAAAUUUAUAGAUGAUCUUCAGUGAUAAUGAUGAAAAAUGUUACAAAUCCAGUUCAAUCUAUACAAUUUUUUUCCUGGGCGAGUACCCAUCGAAA